GAUGAGUGGACGGCGGGUGCUGUGCGUUCAUUACUUCGCUGCCCCUCCCGCUCCUUCCCCACCACAUCCAGGCUCCACUUUUGCGGAGCUUAACGGCCUAGCGUCGCCAUAGCGCGAAGCUGUCUCGCCAAUCCGCUUGCUAGAACAGGGAUCUGUCAACCGCACCUGAAUUGUCAGAUGUCCAAGAAUGCCUCCGAGCCAUGCAGCAGGGCAAUCUCUCGCGAGUUGCACGAAGCGGCUAUUCUCUCACGCUGCUACACAUGGCAGAACGGGAUGAAGACAUGCCUCACAGCGCCCUCGUCGGUCCUGUCUACGGAUGCGGUUACACCACCGUCCAGACAGCGCCACAGGUUGUGGCGGAGUUGCAGAUUGUGGCGAUGUCUGCAUGACCGCGCGCAUAUACCUCGGCCAGUCUUGCUGCACGCUGACGGAAGACAAGCGCAGGCUCCGGGCCGAUUUGCCGCUUGUCCGCAAUCAUCUGCUGCUGCAUGCCCGGCUCGCGCCAGUCGUCUCGUGAUUCUUUCCACAGCGCGUAGGCACCUGACACUUGCCGCAUUCUGCACGUGCCGCAUCUGUCCUAGUCUGCGUGCUCUCAUCGAUCGGCCGGCUAGAGGAGGUCUAUCCGCCUCCACAUACAUGGUCAUAGGCGUUUUCAAACACUGCCGCAUGCUCGUGUGCAAUUUGAGCCAGCACAGGUAUUCGAGGCUCGCAAUUCCCCGACACACCGUUGGCAACGGUCCCGCCUCCGUGGCGCCUCCGCUUUCUUUCCCAACGUGCCGCUUCAUCUCACUCCGACCGUUGGCGGCUGAAACCAUCACGUCCUCACUGGCCGUGCACGUUGACGAGCAUUUGCAAGGCUAUCUUGCCACUCGCCUGCCGGCAUAUGACCGUUGUGCAUGAGGCUUCCCUUCGAAAUGAGAUUCACAUAUACUCGAGCGAUGCAGAGAUGACACCUUGGCCGGCUGACGCAUCGUUUCAGACUUGCAUGGAACAGCAACGAGGUGCAUAUGCAAGCUUUGUGACUCAACAACGGUAGCCACUUUGCUCCUAUGGCUGCCCUAUGGGACCGAUUGAGCGAUACUCCGGUC